CGGCUGCCCGUGCCUUCGCACAUCAACAGCUGCAGUGUCUGCGGUGUCCUAGUGCCAGGCCUCUGAAGUUUGGAGCAUCCGAGACACGACGAUACUGCACAGAACAGGGCUUGCUAAUCUGAGUCACUGUCUUCAGGGAGGGAAAGAAACCUUGCUAUCGAAAAGUUGGCACACGCCUUCGCCUUCAAGUUGUAUGGCCUCGGAAUCAUCUAGUAGCCACGGACAUGUGCGCCUUGUAGGAGCUGUAGCAGGCGUCGGGAGCGGAUUAACAAAGGUAGCAGUUGGACACGGAUUCGAUACCAUCAAGACACGACUACAAUGUUCACCCCCUGGUACUUAUCGCGGAGCUGUCGACUGCAUGCUCAGGAUCGUGCGAAAUGAAUCCAUAUUCGCACUAUACAAGGGUGCAACUCCACCAGCCGUGGCCUGGGCAGUCAUUGACUCUGUCCUUCUCGGCUCAUUGCACAACUACCGGCUGUUCCUCACCAGGCAUGGGAUGACAGAGACAGUACCCGAGAGCGGCACUCAAAGGCUUACUAUAGCGGGGCAUACGGUUGCAGGCCUUUUCGCAGGACUCACAAGUGCGUUUCUGGCGACGCCCAUGGAGCAUCUCAAAGUCAAGCUGCAGAUGCAAUCCCAGAGGUCUGUAGCCGACAGACUGUAUAAGGGGCCUAUCGACUGCAUCCGGCAAAUCGUACACAGUCAAGGCGUUCCUGGACUGUGGACGGGCUUCACCGGUAGCCUUGCCUUCCGGAGCAAUUUUGCCUGGCUCUUCGGGUCCUACGAGGUCUUCAUGCGUGGAUUCUCGAGACUGCAAGGAACGGCGUAUGAGAUUAAUACGCCGACGGCGAACUUCCUCUCAGGAGGCCUGGGCGCGUUCGCGUUCUGGAUCAUGGGCAUCCCAGCGGAUAAUAUUAAAAAUCGAAUGAUGGCGUUGCCUCACACAGGCGCGCGGCCGUCGUUCCUCGCGACUGUCCGUCAUAUACACGCGUCAGAGGGAUUCAAGGGCUACUAUCGUGGCCUCGGGCCCUCCCUGCUGCGUGCAUUCCCCGUGAACGCCUCUGCGCUCUGGGUCUACGAAGGUCUCAUGCGCCUCCUCGGUGCCGAGAAGACGAGGCAUUGAGCGGGGAGACAGUUGGCAUCAUUCUCAUGUAGCUGCGGUCACUCACCCUCGUUGCUAUGAGAAACAUGAAACUCUUGCACAAUUCACACCACGGAUCCCUGCACCGCUAUUGCCAAGGAAUACUCACUAUCUGUUUCUGUCCAAGUCAAGUCCAAGUUCUGCAUUUUCUUUCAUUGCGU